CUCUGGUACGGGUCCCGGGCAGGAGUCGCUGUUGUCAGCCUGACGGUGACAAACGGGAAGCCGCCGAGGCUGCGGGGCCGUAGAAAUGAACAGAAAGCGCAACAAAGCGAAGGUCAGCCAUAUUGCGCGACUCCAGCAGAGCGAGGGGAGUUUCCGCGGCUGCUCGUCAACACCGACGCCGCUAAAACCAUACCUGCCCUGCGGAAGGUGGUGCAGACAGAUUUCUGCCUGAAGUAUCGAACGACAGUUUUCCAGACCUUUGCUACGACUUUGAGAACGGACCCAAAAUGCCCAAACCAGUCAACGUGCGCGUCACCACCAUGGACGCCGAGCUGGAGUUUGCCGUGCAGCCCAGCACCACCGGCAAACAGCUGUUCGACCAGGUGGUGAAGACCAUCGGCCUACGGGAGGUGUGGUACUUCGGGCUGCAGUACACCGACAGCAAGAACUACCUAACCUGGCUCAAACUGGAUAAGAAGGUCUCAGCCCAGGACGUGAAGAAGGAGAACCCGCUGCAGUUUAAGUUUCGGGCCAAGUUCUUCCCGGAGGACGUGUCGGAGGAGCUGAUCCAGGAGGUGACGCAGAAGCUGUUCUUCCUGCAGGUGAAGGAGGGCAUCCUGAGCGACGAGGUCUACUGCCCCCCGGAGACAGCCGUCCUGCUCGCCUCCUACGCCGUGCAGGCCAAGUUCGGCGACUUCUCCCGGGACGUCCACCGCACCGGAUACCUGACCUCCGACCGCCUGCUCCCUCAGCGGGUGCUGGAGCAGCACAACCUCUCCCGGGACCAGUGGGAGGAGCGGAUUCAGGUUUGGCACGAGGAGCACCACGGGAUGCUCAAAGAGGAUGCCAUGGUGGAGUACCUGAAGAUCGCGCAGGACCUGGAGAUGUACGGGGUGAACUACUUCGACAUCAAGAACAAGAAGGGGACGGAGCUGUGGCUGGGCGUGGACGCGCUGGGGCUGAACAUCUACGAGAAGGAGGACAAACUGACCCCAAAGAUCGGCUUCCCCUGGAGUGAAAUCAGGAACAUUUCCUUCAACGACAAGAAGCAUAAGUCAUGUCUCAUGUACGAUGGGCCCACUGGGAUACGUCACUCUCUAUUCACAUCGUCUCUUAUCUGCAGAGCCCAGCUGGAGAACGAGAAGAAGAAAAGAGAGGCGAUAGAGAAAGAGAAGGAGCAGAUGGAGAGAGAGAAGCAGGAGCUGAUGAUGAGGCUGUACCAGUUCGAGGAGAAGACCAAGAAAGCGGAGAAAGACCUGCAGGAGCAGAUGCACCGGGCCGUGGUGCUGGACCAGGAGAGGAGGAGGGCGGAGGAGGACGCAGCUCGGCUGGAGGCGGAGCGUCAGGCUGCUCUGCUGGCCAAAGAAGAGCUGGCCAGACAGGCGGCGGACCAGCUGAAGAGCCAGGAGCAGCUGGCUGCAGAGCUGGCGGAGCACACUGCUAGGAUCGCCCUGCUGGAGGAUGCAAAGAAGCGCAAGGAGGAGGAGGCGUACACCUGGCAGCACAGGGCCCAGGAGGCCCAGGAGGACCUGGUGAAGACCAAGGAGGAGCUGCACAUGGUGAUGACGGUCCCGCCCCCACCCCCUCCUCCCCCCAUGUAUGACCACCUGGAUGACCAGGAUGACAGCGAAGAGAAUAACAGCACGUACAGCGCGGACCUGCAGAACGAGGGCAUCAACGACCACCGCAACGAGGAGGACCGCCUGACUGAGGCCGAGAAGAACCAGCGCGUGCAGAAGCAGCUGAUGGUGAGCCGAGCCCCGCCCCCUUUCCCCCGCCAGCUGCUUAAAGGAAAUCAUGCUGAUGAACCUGAUCGGUGCUUCUGACUGUGGUGUGCUGUG